AGUACGCAGGUGUGUGAGCAGCAGGGGGUGUGCGGAGCGCCAAAACCCAAACUUUUUACGCACCGCGCUGCUGCUUCUUCACCUUCACCUCUCUCUUUCCCUCCGUGCUGUAACACCUGAGCAUCGACCGCUGCACGCAGAUUACGAUGGAUUACUAUUUUCCCGGGAGCCAUGCUCACAUUCUCGGUUCAUCUUGAGUCACACCGCCGAGUCCUCGCGGGGAACCGAUCCGACUUGGAAGCCCUCCAUUGCCGUUUCCGCAUUCCCGCAGCCGCCGUGCGCACUGCAGGCGUGGAGCUCAGAUCCAUGAUCUCAACAGAAAAAACCGGUUCCUCCGGCUAAUCUACCCAACUAUUGCUGGCGGUGCAUUAUGCUUCCAGCCAGGGGAAGAGAGGGAAACCGUAGAACUGAACGGCUGGUGGCUGUGGGCUGUAAAAGGCCGUUUUCAGUGGACUGAGGAAGCCUGAAGUGCGACUUAUUGAUCGGUGUUCGGUUAAAUCCUGGAAUAACCCCGCCGCCGCGCUCCUUCAUGUCCCGGGAUGGAGAGUUGCUGUCGCUCCUGUAUGCCGUGUCUGAGCCGGCUCUGGAACUGCAUUUGGCCGGACUUCCGCUACCCAAACGUCCCCAACCACAACCAUGUCAUCGCCAACCCGGCCGCGCACACGGAGGAGAUCCGCACCGUGUCCGGCGACAUCCGCGUCCCGUCGCCCAAGAAGCGGCCGGUGCAGCUUUACGCGGCGCUCUUCGACUUCGAGGCCCGAAGCGACGACGAGCUGACGGUGAAGGAGGGGGACAAGCUGUCGGUGAUCGAGAAGCGGGGGGAGUACGUGCUGGCAAAGAAGCUGACCGGGUCUCUGGAGUCCGGACUGAUCCCGGCGAACUACGUGGCUCUGCUGCAGGACGAGUUCGCCAAACACAAGUGGUACUAUGGGAACAUAAACCGCGUGAAAGCUGAGAAGCUGCUGCUGGCUUCCCAAAACAAGGAUGGCUCCUUUCUGGUUCGCAUCAGUGAGAGUCACAGUGAUGAGUACACAAUCUCUGCCCGGAGUGAGGGGAAGGUGUACCACUUCCGGAUCCAGCGCUCCACCAUCGGCGCGUACUUCGUGUCAGAUAAGCUCUCGUUCGCUACGCUUGGGGAGCUCAUCUCCUACUACCAGAAAAACCCUCGCAGCCUGGGAGUGCUGCUGGAGGAGCCCUGCGCCCAGCAGCGGGAACUGUUCGACAUGGAGCCGUGGGAGAGACCUCGAGAGGAGUUCAGACUCCACAAGAAACUGGGAGAGGGGCACUUUGGAGAGGUGUGGGAGGCUCUGUGGACCACGGAGAACAGGAAAGUGGCCAUAAAGACGCUGAAACAAGAGGACACGAAGCAGGACGAGUUUGUGAAGGAGGUCCAGGCGUUGAAGAGCCUCCAUCACCCGAAGCUGAUCCAGCUGCUGGCCAUGUGCUCCAGAGGAGAACCGGUCUACAUCGUGACCGAGCUCAUGAGCAAAGGAAGCCUCAAGUCAUACCUCGCCUCUGCUGAAGGCCAGGUGCUGACAUCAGCUCAUCUGAUCUACAUGGGCAGUCAGAUCGCAGAGGGCAUGGCCUACCUGGAGGAUAGAAACAUCGUCCACAGAGACCUGGCUGCCAGGAACAUCCUGGUGGGAGACGAUCUGGUGUGCAAGGUGGCCGACUUCGGACUGGCUCGGAUUAUUAAGGACAGUGUGUAUACAGCCAGUCGAAGCACAAAGAUCCCGGUGCGGUGGACGGCUCCCGAAGCAGCAAUUUACCAGCGGUUCUCUGUAAAAUCAGAUGUCUGGUCCUUCGGGGUCCUGCUCUAUGAGAUGAUGUCACGUGGCAAGAUGCCUUAUGAAGGAAAGAGCAACAAGGAAGUGCUGGAUCUGUUGUCAUCUGGGUUUCGGCUGCCCUGUCCAACCCGCUGCCCUCAGAAUAUUUACCGCAUCAUGAUGGACUGCUGGGCUGCUGAGCCCUCCAAGAGACCCUCCUUCCACGCCCUGCACAGCCAGCUGGAUUCAAUAUAUGCCAGGAUAUAUUUCAAGACUAUAGAGGUAUAGAAAGUGAGAGGAGAGGAGGAUGAAGACAGUUCUAAACGGUGCAGGAGCAGAUGUUCUGCAACUGGUCAUCGGCAGCAGCAUGGACUGCACAUCUGAAGAAGUAAGGAAAGGAGGAUGAGAAAUAGCAAGGAAUGUUCUUCUCCCCCAUGCAAUCCACUUCCACAACAGGGUAUAUGUACUUUAAAAACACCAAGGUGUGAAAGGAACGGGGGCAGCAGAGCAUCAGAAGCAGACAGACACUCAGAAGAUGCUUGCCAAAUCAAAGAAAGGAUGGAAAUUGAGGAGAAAAAUUAGAAAUACUUAAUUUCUUAGGCUAAAAGAAAGGAACGUUGACAAAUGAAGGACUGAAAGGAGCCUGAGAAAGGUGUGUAAAUACACUCCUACUUAACACUCAGCACAUUCACAGAACCAACUGUUUUUAAUUUUGUACCCUUUUGUGUUUUAUAAAUACUUUUUUAUUACUUCUGUAUGUGCCAUGUCUGUGUAUGCACACUUUGAAAUGUUCUGAAAGUCACAGGUAAGGACUUAAAUUAAUCACCUGUCUUUUGACUGUGAAGCCAGUGCUAAAAAUUGAGGUUAUGUGCAAUAAUUGAAAUAAAUAAUAAAUAAUGCUUGCUGGGUUUUUAGCCACGCUAACGGCCUGAUGCUGGAGAUACUUUAGUCUAGUAAAAUAUCUGACAUGGAUUGAAUUAAUCACCUGAUAUUUAAUACAGACCUUCAUGUUCCCAAAAGGAUGAAUCUAACAACUUUAGUGAUCCCAUGACUUUUCAUCCAGCGCCACCAUUAAGUCAGAUUUUUUUGUUGUUUUUGGAAGCAGAGUAUCUUAUUCUAAACUAAUGACCAAAUUCCUAUCAGCUUUAAUUUGAGGUUAAAGGACAGAAUAGAUCAAAGUUAUCUCUGAUUACGACCAAUAAAGCUUUAAUUGUACAGAUACGAGUAAGAUAGACCUGAAAAUCCUCAUCUAUCCUUCACGGGAAUAGUUCAACGUUUUGGGAUAUACUUCUUUGCUCUCUUGCGGUGAGAGUGGGUGAAAAGAUUUUUACCACACGCAUGUUUUUAAGUUAGCUAUGGAGCUAAAGCCAGGAGCUUGAUUAGCCUAGCUUAGCAUAAAGACUGGAAACGGAGGGAAACAGUUAGCCUGGCUCUGUGCACAAUUUAAAAAAAAACCAAACCUACAACACUAGUAAAGCUCACCAUUUAGCAUGUUGUAAAUACACCAUUGGAGUGUCACAUCACUGCUUCAGCAUGUUAGCUUGCCAAUUAACAAACUACUGAACUUUACCAGUUUAUUAACCUAUUAAAAUGAAAAAAAAAAAAAGCCAAUCAUUAGCACGUUAGCACAUAUAGCAUGGCAGGGUUGAGCUCAAAGCACAGGUACAGGCUAACGGUGAAGCUUACAUUGAUGAAAGUUGAACCACGUCGAGCUGAGCCUGGUAAGUCUAGAUGUCCUAACCCACCGAUCAGAGAAUAACCAAUGUGAUUUAUAUCGACACCCUCAGGACAAAGUUAACAUUUUAUUAGAUAAAAGGGAUCUAGUCAAAGCUUUCUCCAUUUCUUUUUUUAAUCCAUCCACCACUUUCUGUUUCUAACCUCACGGGCUCCUAGCGUGGCUAUACACCGAUAGUCUUCUUAUUAACCACAAGCGUGAAGUAUUUUAUUCAGCCGACCUUCUCUUACUGGAAUUUGAGACUGUUUUGACAAAAUGUUACAUAUUUAAUACACUUGGAUACAAGUUUCUCUAGAAUAGUUUGGGAAUUGUUUUUCAAUCUUCCUGUGAGAUGUUUUUUUGGGGGGGGGCUGACGCAGUGCUUGAAAAGCCAGUGGGCCAUGGAGCCAUGUGUACAGGCCUUAAGUUAUUAAACCUCUCUCCGAGGCACACAAUAAUGCCCUGUUGCAACGAGAGUGCCUAUGUUUACACUAUGUCCAUGCACUACACUUCAACAUGUGGAAUUAUAAAGAACUGUAAAGAACCUACGGCAAAAAGACCUGCACAGUGAAUCAGCCAUAUCCAGAAGACUCUUGGGGGCGGCGGGGAGUGGGGAGUGGGAUUGCAAUGCAAUUUGAGAACAAUGCAACUUUUGUCUUUUAUGCAUGAUAUUUACAGCAGGCGAAGCCAAGUUCAGGAAACUUUAGCCAUAAAUCACCGAAUGACAACAUUGAAGUUUUAUGUUCUAGGCUGUGUGUCAUCAGGUACCAAACACAAGUAGUGCAAAGAAUAAAGUAUUUUAAGUAUUGUUUUGAAA